AUGGACUCGACCACGCCCACCCCCUACAAGCCCUCGCCGCUGUCCUUCAACAACGCCCGCCAGUCGCCCUUCCGCCGCCCGGGCUCCAUCAGAGAGGCUUCCCCCUCGACCCUACGGCCCUCGACACCAAACAGCUCUCCUCUCAAGCCCAAGGACACGCCCAAUACCCCCUCGCAAGCAAACCUCCGCCCGGCCGCUGCUGCAGCACCCGCCCCUGCUACCGGACCCGCAUCACAAAACCCUCCGCCAUGGCUGCACACGCGCACACGAUCAGGCACGCCUGAACCACCCGCUUCGCCUGGCCGCCAUGUCUCGCCCACGCGCAAUGCACCACCACCCACGGCCCAAGGCACCGGACGCCCUCUGAGCACGGCGUCGAUUGCUGCCAUGUUCGAGGGCACCGCCAAGGAUGAUACGCCGGCACCUCUCUCCUUCCGCAAGCAGUCGCCGCCUGUUGACCCUGUCAAGCCGGUGGAGAGGCCAAUUGAGAAGCCAGUCGAGGUUCAUGUAGAUCGCUUCGCACACCUCUCGCCAGCGCCCUCACCCGCACGCUCACCUGCACGCUCGCGCGAGCCUUCGCCCGGGCGACUGGCAGCCCGGCCACAGACCAUCCGGCGAAUGGCCUCGAGUGACGCCCUUUCCAAACUGCCGCCGCCCCUCCUACACAGUAUGCGAGAGUCGUUUAGUGUCAUGGACCGCGACGACGAUGGCCAUGUAAAUGCUGCAGAUGUGGCCGAUAUGCUGUCCCAGCUCGGUCUCUCUGCGACCCCGUCCCAGCUCUCGACAUACUUCAACGGCGCACAAUCCAUCAACCUGGCCAACUACCUGACAACACUAUCCGAUCUGCUGGGCAACCUCUCGCACCAGAACGAGCUGAGCGCAGCUUUUGAGGCAUUCGAUGACAACGACGACGGACAGAUUGACUUGGCAGAGCUAAAAGAUGCCCUGCUACAUACGGCACCGCAGCCAGGCGAAACGCUGCUUACCGAACGGGAGAUCAACAUGGUGGUCGAGGGUUUCAGUGGGCGGAGAGCCUUUGGAAAGGGAGGCAAGGGUCUGGGCAGAGGAGAGGUGUUUCGAUAUCACGAUUUCCUAGCAAAUCUGACUGGCGGUGGCAAUGGCGGCGACAAUGCCCAAGGUGCCGCUGCGUCAGUCUAG